CCGGAUACAUAGCAUUUGCUCCUCUUCACUACGCCGUGCACUUGUGGACAAGAUCAAUUGCUACCUCCAAAGACACGACCCGCGAGCCAUCAAACCAUGCAGUCUAGACGCUAGACCAACAUAACUGUCUAUAGUCAAGCCUAAAAUGUCAACUCGCGACAAGCGGCCAGCGCCCGGCCAGCCACGCCGGUCAUCGGGCGUGGCGCUGGGCGUCCUUGGCAUUAUGCUGCUGGCGUUCUUUGCUAUCGUUUUCAUGCUCGGGAGGCCGAGCUACCGGCAUCAGUUUGAGGAGUUCAUUCAUCACCCGUUCGACCCGCAUCCCAUUGGAAUCGACAAGCGGCACAAGGACACGACCCUGACUGAUAUCGACAUCGGCGCGGGGACAAAAGCAGUAACCUCGUCUACCACUACGGAGACGGAAAAGAAGUCCAGCGUGGGGACAGCUGCCACCCCCUCCCCCUCGCCAUCGCCAUCGCCGAAGGCGGAGGAGAAGAAGGUGGAGGAGACGAAGGUGGAGGAGAAGAAGGCGGAGGAUAAGCCUAAGGAAGCAGCCGUAGCUAAGGAGAGUGGGGACGAUGAGGACGACGACGGCAAGAUAACAGAGCUGGACACCCAGUACAAGCCCACCCGGGAGAUGGUGCAAAAGAUCGCCCAGAACGGCUACCUAAUGGUGACCUGGGCCAACUUCCACUACUUUGACUUUGUCAAGACCUGGGUCAAGCACGUGCAGCGCGUGGGCGUUACCGGCUACAUCGUAGGCGCCAUGGACGACCACCUGCUGCGCGAGAUGAUCAAACUCGAAUACAACUGCUUCAGCAUGAAGUCGGGACUGACUCUGGGAGAUUUCGGCUGGGGCUCGGCGACGUUCGCGAAGAUGGGGCGCGAGAAGAUCCGGCUGAUCAGCAUCUUCCUGAAGCUGGACGUGCACGUGGUGAUCGCGGACGUGGACGUGCUGUGGCUGCGCAACCCGCUGCCGUACUUUGAGCGCUACCCCGAGGCCGACAUCCUCACCUCCUCCGACAACAUGGCCAACACGGUGAAUGACGAGAGCCUGGAGAAGUGGCCGGACGCAGGCGCUGCUGCCAACAUCGGCAUUAUGCUGUUCCGCAAGAAGUCUCUUGACUUCGUGGAGAAGUGGAUUGAGAUCAUUGAGGCCGAUGACAAGGUCUGGGACCAGAACGCCUUCAACGACCUGUUCCGGAGGGGCGUGAAGCCGCUGGAGCCGCCCAACAAGAACCUGUUCCUGGGCUACGACGGCAGCCUCACCAUGGGCAUCCUACCCGUCUCCAUCUUCUGCUCGGGGCACACCAUGUACGUGCAACGCAUGGCGCAGCGCCUCAAGCUGGAGCCGUACGCGGUGCACGGCACCUUCCAGUUCAGCGGCACGCCCGGCAAGCGCCACCGCAUGCGCGAGUUCAUGCUGUACGACGACCCGCCCGAGUACUACGACCACCCCGUGGGCUUUGUCAGCUUCGACCUGGAUGGGCUGCCUGAGCUGCUCAAGACCGCCGGCCCCGCCACCGACGGCUUCGGCCUAGACAACGUGCAGGGCCACUUCAAGCUAGUGAACCAUGAGCUGCAGCGGCUGCGCCAGGGCUUCGCCAUCGCCUCUGUCAUCACCGGCCGCGCGCUGGUCGUGCCCGAGCUGUGGGCGGGGCUGGACCGCUGGUGGGCGCCGCACUCAGGUCGCAUCCCCGGCGCCCACUUCGACCUGCCGUUCGUGUGCCCGCUGGACCACCUGCUAGACCUGGAGAAUGGCAUGUUCCGCAAGUUCCCGGAGGAGCACUACGGCCCCUCCACCGAGUUCCGCGAGUACAGCUUCUUCAACAACAGCCGCAUGACCCCCGCCGUCCGCGACGACCGCGUGGUGGUGGAGGUGUGCGACACAGCCGGCGCCGCCGGCUGCAGCGACGGCUCCAAGCCGGCGCAGCUGGUGACGGAGGGCGGCGUGAAGAAGAUCAAGAUCGCGCCCUUCCUCAGCUCGGCGGAGCUGGCCACGGCGCUGUCUGACCCGGCGGUCAAGGGCGCCAAGGUGCUGCACUUCACAUCCAUGGCCGGAUUCAACUUCCCGCAGGCCUUCUCGGAGCCCGGCGCCGCCGCCCGCUUCGUGGAGCGCAUGAAGCUGUACGGCAGCAUCUGGUGCUGCGUGCUGGCGCACCCCGGCCACAUCCACUACGACCUGCUGUGGGACAUGCCGCACACCGACAAGUUCCAGCGCGUGUGGAACGGAACCUGGGAUACCAAGACCGGGCCGUAGGCGCCUAAGCGGCGGCAGCUUUGGGAGACCAAGACCGGGCCGUCGGCGGCGAGUGCUGCUUGGGCCCGUGUUGAUGAUCGUAUGGAGGAUGGGAGCCGUGGAUGGCAAACCUUGGGGUUGGUGAUCAUCUGGAGUGGUGAGGACAGAAAGGAUGGAAGCCAUUGCCCCGCAGCCGGGAGGAGGUGGAGGCGAGAGGAAUGGCGCGAACGCCAGGGCUGGAGGAGAGCGAGGAGCAGGGAAGCAUGUGGAGUGGGAGACAGAUGAGGCGAGCGCAUUGACUUCAUCGCAGUGGGGCAAGAUGACGUGCUCUGAGCAGGCACGUGUUCAGACAGGCGGGUAGGUAGGAAAUGAGGCAUAGGCAAAUGGUGUCAGUGAGGCACCGUUGCAGAUAGUGAGGGCACGGGACUGGAAGUGAGGCGAGAGCCCCUAAUUAUUGCGGCACGAUAAACAAGGGUCACCCGCAGGCGGCGGCAAGUGGCGGGCAGUGGACUCCGCCAGAGCCGCCUAACACGCGCGGCCAUGCGUCAGGGAUAUAGCACCGGCUCAAUUGUGGCAGCCUUAGGCAAGACGUGAUUUCAACAAUUAGAUGCUUACCGCGUAUGCGUGAUGAUCGUGUAUGUGCAUGCCAUGUUGUGCAUGCUUCUGUCGGGGUUGUGGCUGGCGGCCGUGGCAGGAGCGUGGGCCUGCUGUGCACGCGUGGGGGACGCAGUGGCCACGAGAUGCUGGUGGCUUCUGGGCCGCACUAGGCCCUACUAUGUAAGCCCCCUACCUAGCUUAUACAGUGCCAACAUGCAUGGAUGUAGGGUGCGAUGGGACUUGGUCAGGGACAUCGCUAACGCCGCUAGGCAGGGUUGGUGGGGCCACGGCUGCGCGGCAGUGCCUUGAUUGCACACGCCGGAAUGACGACAGCACGCCUGCACAUGUGCCGCGUCUCGCUUUGGCUCAACCAUUUAGUUGCCUGAUGACUGCAGUGUCCAGCGGCUUCACCCUUGCUUCCAUGUGAUGCAGCCCGGAUUCCGCUCGUGAGGUCGAAGAUCCGAUUGGGGUCCAUUCAGCAGCCCUACUUCAAUACACAUGUACCCGAAGGCGACAGCUCGCAUUGUUGCGGUGUGCAGACCCUGUGGCUGGCACAUCGUGAACGCUGCUAGAUGGUGUUAGCCACGUCGCACGAGUCAUUAUAGUCGCUGCGGCCAGCGUCGUCACCCCUGUGUGAUUCACUGGUGCGCACCAUGCGAUGCGGUUGUUCCAUCCAGGGGUGCCGGCACCAGGGCCCCUGGCCGGCACCCCUGGUUCCAUCCGCGAGGUCGUACACUCCGGUGGGGCCAAACACACAAUCACACAUGGGCCGCUGUCGCAGGUAGCGAGCUGGUUAGCCUGGCGACGCAGUGUCUCGUCCCUGACUGUGCACAACGGUGGAGACUGGAGAGGCACGAUACAUUACACUUCGCCCAAGCCGGCGUGUUCAGCCAGCUGCAGAGCGGGCUGCCCAGGACUCCAGAAGUAUUCCAGCCAGGGGGGGGGUAGAAAGCUCAGAUUCUUACCCCAUGCUCAAAAUUACAGAGCUUUAGGAGAGCAUUAUGCACGUACUUUUAAUUUUUUAAGGGGGUGUCUGGUGAGGAAGUUCUGGGCCGCCAAAGUUGGGGGGUCGGUCCUCGUCCCUGGGGGGUCCGCGGGUUUCGGGAGCGCAUCCUGGCAGAUUUCGGGAAGCGCCCCACAAGCAGAAUUAGGGGCCAAACGCAACAGUACGAGGCUCAUAUGUGCACGUUAUGACGUAAUAAGCACAAACAAAGCGUGGGAGGGCUAAGUUGCGCGUCCGGGCGUGGACAUGUCGAUACAUGUCUCCACAUUCAACACAUGCGCACUGACACAGCUGGGCUCUAAAGCGCUGGUGCGCAUGAGUUCACGUCUAACAAGGCUGCCGAUGCACAUUGUCCAUUCGUCACGCGGCAGAGAGUUGAGCGCGGGGUGGUCUGGGUCGAGGGGAUUUCCAUGGAUAGGAUCCCGCCCGCGACCGAAGUCUCAGAACAGGACCGCUGAUGGCACGGAGUGAUAGUCCUCGUCAAGAGGAGUCGAUUGACACCACUUUG